AUGGUGUACGCCACGCUGCUGAGCGAGGAGGACCUGAGUCGCUUCAGGACGAAGCAGUGCAAGCGGCUGCUGAACGGAGGGUGCAACUUUGGAAUAGACAGGUGCCAGUACAGCCACAACGAAUUCUGGAACAGAAGAUGCCCCUUCUACUUGAGCGAUUCUUCUUUCAUUCGAUACAUAACUAUUAUGUGCCCUGAUGUGGAGACCAAAAAUGAUGGAUCGAUCAACAGUCUCUGUCUUCGAGGAGGAGAAUGUCCCUUUGCACACUCAGCGGAAGAAAUUCUGUAUCAUCCUUUGUAUUAUAAAACGAAACGAUGUGAGGAUUAUAAAAAAGGAUCCUGUAAUACGUAUUACUGUCCUUUUAUUCACGGAUUGGCAGAGACAAGGAUUCCAGGGACAUAUAAAUUACCAUUCACUAAUGGAAUUAGCAUCCCGAAUAUCCCCAAUGUUAUCAUUGUAGAUAAAAUUGACAUCACGAGUAAGACGAGUGGAAGUAUAAGUGGUGGUGAUAGAUAUAUGAAGAAUAUCAUUUCGGCUAGGAGGCGUAAUGAUCUUAAGUUAGUAGAUCAUAUGAAAAAUUUUGACAGUGCAGCGUUUUCCAAAUUGAAUAACUGUAUGAUUCCUACUCCGUAUUCUUCUAUUGAUUCCAUUUCUCAUAACAACUCAGAUGGCUAUAAGAUAAACUGUGGGAAAAAGCUAGCUCUCUCCUUUAGUCACAAUUUAGUGAAUAACACCUCGGAUGAAGAUUUAAAAAAAAAUAGGAUUAUAUUUAGUGGAUUGGGUCACCCCCUUAGUUCCUUCGCCAAUUUUGACAGCCACAUGAUGAGUGUUCAGACGCACGGGGGGAGCACAGAGAUGGGGAAGUCCCCUCCGAAUGGCGCGAAUGGCGCGAAUGGCGUGAAUGGCGUGAAUGGCGUGAAUGUCGUGAAUGGAGUGAAUGGCGUGAAUAGCUUGAAUGGCUUGUCGUGCACUCAUUAUAGCGAAUUCUUGGGGAGUAAGCUGGCCAAAGGAGAGAAUCGCUCCUCGGUGAAGUCCAGCAUGUCGACCCACGUCACGGAUGGACUUCACCCCAGCAAGAAUUGGAAUAAGCAUUUUAAUAUGCUGAAGAUGAAGCAGAAUUACUCUAGCUGUAGCACUGCUGCUCACGAAAUUAACUUUAACGAACAUGACGUGACAAGCGAUGACGUGGUGGAGGAUGAGGAGGAGGAGCUGGACAAUUACCUCAUGAACACGCUGUUGCCGAACGGGAGCGAGGAUUCCGCGGGGAUGCGCAGCGGGAACGAAGACGCGAUUGGCGAUGCCAAGGCGCACUUCAGCGGUAGCGGUAUCGGAAACUAUAACUACCACUGCAACUGCAGCAGUGCGAGCAACGAACGGAAUGACGGACGAAGUGUGCACCAUAAGCCGAGCUGCAGCGCACACCACGUGGACGAAGAGCAAAACGCCAGCGAGGUCAACCCCAGCGAGGUCAACACUAGCGACGUCAACACUGGCGAUGUCAACACUGGCGAUGUCAACACUGGCGAUGUCAACACCAGCGAGGUCAACCUGCUAGAAAUUAUCAAGUGCCUGAAGAAUUUAUACGAGCGGAUCAUGAAAGGAAAUUUGGUCUUCUCCCCUGAGCAGUGGGAUAACAUUGCCCAAAUCACCUACGAAAUUGUUAGCGUUGUGGAAUUUAAUCGAGUCUUAAAAUUGAAGAAAACCACAGAUAAGAUGAAGAAUGACAUUUGCAACAGGAACAAGCUAUUCCCUUUUGAUAUGUCUAAGAUGACGGACAUGGGGUCGGAAGGGGUGAAGGGCUCCUCUCCGAUGUUAGAAACCAACGCGCUUGUUGGGGAACUGUAUGGGAAGGAAGAAACGAGUGCAAAUCAACAGGCGGAGGAGAAAAACGGAGAAAUUGCAUCAACGGUUAAGAAGGAACACAUUAACGAUACGAUUCAAUUUGCCACUUCAAACGAGGCUGUAUUGAGCAAAAUGAAACUCCAUUUAGAGAGCAAAAGGGAAGACAUACCGGAUGAAAACAGCACGGACGUUGCGGGGGGGGAUACACACAUGAUGAUGCAUCUGUAUCAGGGCCUCCAGGCAGAGAAUUACCCAAUUGGUAAGAACGACAUGGAUCUGUUUAACGUGAAGAGGAAAAUUCUAUCCCACCAGUUAAGUGGCAUGAGUGAUGUAGCCAACGGGAUAAGCGGGAUGGCCAACAUGAGCAACAACGAAAUGGCUAGCUCGAACGGUGAAGUGGAUAACGCCAAUAACGAAAGCGAAAAUGCCAAAGACGACUCCCAUUUUUUGGACUAUUACAACAUAAACAAAGGCAAUUUCAACUUUACAGAAACGAAAGAAAACCCUGAUAAAAUUUUGUCGCAGCAGCCAUUCAUGUCUUUCUUUUCGUUUCUUUCGGAAUGA